AUGGAGGCUCAUAUGGUUAUGGGGGCUUAUGCCGUUAUGGGGGCUUGUAUGGGUAUGGGGGUGGCUAUGGGGACUUAUGUGGGUAUGGGAGGAGAUAUGGUAGCAGCAGGUGCUAUUCCCCUCGCCGUGGAAGCUGUGGCCCAUGUUAAACCCAGAAGAAAGAUCCACGGAAGAAGAAACAACCAGGAAAUGAAAGAGAAGAGAGAGAUUCACCACUCAACUUCUCAAAAAUGGGAGCCUGCAACUCCACUCGAAAUCAGUGGGGGCUCAUCAAAUAGGACAAAAGCCCAAUAUGAGCAUAAGACUAAGCUGCAGAACAAUAUAGACCAUAAAGCUAAGGUAACAGGUUUACGACCACCACAAAAGAUGUCUUCCUGCCAAGACCUGUGUUACCGACCCAGCUCAUAUUAUCCUGGCAUAUGCCCAGAUCCAUGUGUUGUUGCCCGCAAUGAGCCUUGUAUCACCUCGUGUGGAGAUUCGACAGCAGUGGUCUAUCCACCACCGGUUUCCGUGGUAUUCCCAGGACCAAUUCUCUCUACUUCCCCUCAACACAGCGUAGUGCGAAGCACCUUACCAGCUCUACCCUAUGGAGCUGGGGGUGUAUCUGGGGGUGGUAUUUUGGGUGGCUCAAUUGGUUAUGGUGGAGGUUACGGUGGUGCAUACGGGGGUAGAUAUGGAGGUGGUUUAGGGGGUGGUUAUGGGGGCUUAUAUGGGGGUGGUUAUGGGGGCUUAUAUGGGGGUGGUUACGGGGGCUUAUAUGGGGGUGGUUAUGGGGGCUUAUAUGGUUAUAGGGGCUUAUGCGGUUAUGGAGGCUCAUAUGGUUAUGGGGGCUUAUGCCGUUAUGGGGGCUUGUAUGGGUAUGGGGGUGGCUAUGGGGACUUAUGUGGGUAUGGGAGGAGAUAUGGUAGCAGGUGCUAUUCUUCCCGCCGUGGAAGCUGUGGCCCAUGUUAA